AUGAUCGCGCCAUCUAUUUUGCUCUGUGCCGACUUUGAUGAGACCAUCACUCUACAAGACACAAUAUCGCUACUUUUUCAGCUAGCAUCAUGCUCUGCAUCAACACAGCAGCAGCUGGAAGAACAGUAUAUGAAAGAAAUGAGCGAGUUCCUUGAUCAAUAUGAAGCCAAGUGGUUGCAUGCUCCCACUACUGGACAAGGAAGCUUUAAUGGUACGGGGUUACGCGAGUUUCUGGAGGGUUACGCUGCGACAGAUUUGCGUUCCUUGAAGCGCGUAAUCAACUGUCGCGCAUUGCAAGGGAUUUGUCAUCAAACUAUUGUUGAAGCUGCAAAGACUGUAGAAAUACGACCACAUUGUGCUGAGACAUUAGCAGCUGUAGAUGAAUGGAAAAUAGUCUCUGCUAAUUGGUGCAAAAAGCUCGUGUCUUCCGUGUUGACGCAAUCGGGUGUUGUCACUGAUAAUAAUAUUAGACAGUCGACACAUAUUAUUGCCAAUGAGUUGAAGGUGAAUAAACAAGGCGUGACAACUGGUAAAAUUGACGUAAAGGUACAAUCUCCACUGGAUAAAGCGCAAUGGAUUAAUCAAGUUCGAUCAUUGUAUACUGGCAUACGACCGAUCGUUAUUUACGUUGGUGAUAGUGUAAAUGAUUUGCUUGCACUACUUGAAGCUGAUGUGGGUAUCUGGCUUGAUUCGGAUAGCAGUUCGUCAUCGUCGCAACUGCUACGUCAGCUUGUGGAAAACUAUGGCAUUGAUGUUCAACCAUUAAAAGCCUACACUACGUUUGCGCACGAUGUUGCCACAACUUCAGACGACGGUGACAGCAAACCUGUGAUCUAUACUGCGACAGAUUGGGUACAGCUUAAGGAACUUGUUGACAAACGUUUCCAGAAUUGA